GCAGAUGCGUUUCGUGCGACACGUUUCAAUUUAGAGACGGAAUGGAAGAACACAUUCCCGCUGAUUCGAGAGUUGGAUCGUGAUGAGUUGUUCGAUAAGGCCAAGGGGGAGAUUCUGGACGAGAUCGUGAAUUUAUCGUUGGUGGGUGCUGAAAAAUGGGAAAGCAUCCUCAAGAAGAAGUUGUGGAGUGCGGUAGCAGCGCACGUCUUCGAUCAAAUUUUAAUGCCGGCGGCUGCAGUUGAUAAUGCGGGUACAUUCAAUACACUCAUCGAUAUUAAGCUCAAGCACUGGGCUGAUAAGGAGUUGGCGAAUAAAUCCGUGCAGACCGGAUGGGAGACACUGUCGGAGGUGUUCCGUGAGCAGGUGCAGUCAUUGGACGCACGUGCAUCUCGAUCGGGUGCUCAUGAUCCGGUAUUCGAUCGAUUGAAAGAGGCCGUUCUCGAGGCGGCAUUAAGUGAGCAUAAAUGGGACGCUAAAGCGUUGGAUUAUUUGCGUGUAAUCCAAUUGAACGCAAUGGAGGAUCGACUGGUGCCGGAUAGACGUGCAUGGGAUCGUGCCAUCCAGUUUAUGACGACGAGUGUACAGGACAGACUUAAUGAGGUAGAUAUUGCUUUGGUUGUUCUUGAUCGAUAG